AUGGAAUGGGACGAACGAGCAGAGCUUGCACAUGACACGCUGUGCGACGAGUGGUUCAGCAAAUUCCGAGCACAACGAGGCCCGAUUAUUGCCAACUGGGUCUCUUCUUUCCGCAGUGGCCAUCCAAGCGCGAUUGUUGAAGACCACUGUGGUUCCUUCAAUUGGAGCUGCCGCGUUCGCUUCAAAGACAGCGUGGAAUGGCUAGUACGAUUUGCCGUGCCUAGAAGAGUUAUGGACGGGGACGAGAAGCUACAUCGAGAAGUCGCAGUGAUGUGCUUGGUUCAUGCUUGGGGACUGUCGAAAGACAAUGCUCUAGGGUUAGGGCCCUUUAUCAUGAUGGAAUACAUUCCGGGCGGCGAAUGCCUCGGUCAUCUUUGGCGAGAGGGGCCUAAGGAACGGAUACUAAGAUCCGAUAUCAGCGAACGGGACCUGCGCACUGUGUAUCGCCAGAUAGCGGAUUUCUAUCUCGAACUUUCAAAGUUAGAGUUUCCCAAUGUUGGGUCUCUAUCUAUCAGGGACGAUCAAAGUAUCCACUCGGACUUGGGGCCGCUAACGCUUAAGAUGCAAGAAAUAGAGGCACAUGGAGGAGUUAAAGUUGGAGGCAAUCACUCGACAACAUUUCCAUCCGCGAGAGGAUACUUCGACUACGUCGCUAAGCAAGAUAUGGAACAUUUGUGCGGGCAGCCCAGCUCAGUCGACAACGCUGAUGAUGCUCGGGCCAAAUACAGGUUCCGCCAUCAGGUUAAGGCCAUCAUUCCACGCUUUACCGCCGACGAGUAUAACCGGACCGGCUUCAGACUAAUAUGCGAUGAUUUUCGCUACGGGAACAUGAUUGUCAACAACGCAAGAGAUCUUAAGAUAAUCGCGGUGAUAGACUGGGAGUGGGCAUACGCAGCGCCGUACCAGAUGUUUUGCUCAGCGCCACGAUGGCUUCUAAUAAAGAACCCAAUCUUCUGGGCAGCACCCAACGGUUCUGAAUUUCAUCGAUACAACGCAUGCCUAGAAAUUUUUCUCGACGAGCUUAAACGGGAGGAGAGCGAAAGAAACAAGGUUACGCCGCAGCUUGGACUUCAGGAUGGACUUUCUGACCUUAUGCGGAAGUCUAUGAGCGACGGUAAGUUCUGGUUCCACGAAUUGAUAUAUGACUGUUUCACAGCUGCCGACAACUCAGCCUGGAAGGCCAUUUGCGAUAUCUACCCUAACACCGAUGAGCUCGCCCCUAUCUCAGAGCCGGAGCUUGAUAGGUUCGUUGGAAAGAAAAUGAAGCAAUUGGCGGCGUAUAGGGCGGACUGGGGCGCGAUAAAGGCAAGGAUCGAUCGCGAACAGGCUGAAUUGAAUGAAAAGAUGCAACAGAUGGCUUUGGGAUUGGCGUCAAAAAGCAGGAAACCGACAAUCAGGAUUAUGCACGCCGACAUGUGA